AUGCUGAAAACAGACGAUUUCCUUUAUGUUUCGUUUGAACCAUCAGACACUAAAUUAUUGACUUCAGUUCCAAACACGCAACUUUUAUCUGAUUACCCCCUUUUGACGUCAGCAUUGUCAAACAUAUUUCCAUACUUACUACUCAUAGAUAAUUUCCUAGAGGUCAUAACAUGGACAAAUGAGGAUCCUUACCAAAAUUUUUUACUUGCAGUGGUUUAUUCGGUUCUAGUAAUGUAUUGGCAUACGAUCGGAGGAGUUGCUUUGCCAUUACUCAUGGCCGUUUCAUUUUCAUGUGUGGUGUGGUCAGUUAGCUCAGUGAUAUACGAUUCAACGUUCGAUGAAAAGCCAACUGUGGACGAAGUCUUGCAUACACUUCAUAAUAUUACAGUUAGGUGCGAAAUGCUUUUCAGGCCUGUUCAGCAUUUUGAUCUCAAAAAGAAGAACUUCGUUACUGCUUUUUUGAUGGCGACUUUGUUAACACCUCUACAUUUACUUGUGAUUAAGACAUUUUUAGGUCCCCAGAAGUACUUUUGGAUUUUAGGUUUAUUCUUUUUUACAUACCACUCGCCUUGGUCCUUCUCUGCUAGAAGGCUUCUUUGGAGAUCUGUUUAUAUCAGGAUUAUUGCGUUCUACAUUACUGGUUUGGACAUUAAAUUAGAUAGGCGGAAACCUAAAUUUGAAAAUGAUGCAUCUCCAGGAGUCCAUAGCGCAUAUAUAAGCGACGGAGACGAAUAUGGAAGGACACCUUUAUUAUCAGACUUCAAGAUUACUAAAAAGUCAAAGACUUCUGCUACUCAAUUGAAACAAGUUGUACGUUUCGAAGUCUUGGAAAAUGAGAGGAGAUGGCUAGGAAUAGGGUGGUCUAAAAUUUUAUUUCCGAGCGAACGCUCCAAUUAUUGCUCUGAAAAUUCUAUGCUACCGUCUCCUCCCAUUUCUGAUGAUUAUCCCUUCCCAGUUUUUGAGAAUGACUUGUAUUCUUACCUGUGGGAAUGGGUAGACCUGCAAUGGAAAUUGGAUAAGGAAUUUGAUAAGGGAAGAGAUCCAGAAGGAUGGGUAUACUCUGACAGUAACUGGACGAACCAAAGCUUUAAAGAUGGAUUUUCGAAAUAUACCAGAUCACGGAAAUGGAUCAGGCACGCCAACUUAACUAUAGAUAAACAGGACAUCGUUUACGAUGAAUGA